CGACGCGACGCGUUCGACCGGGACGUUCGCAAAAGCGCCAGCUUCCCUCCGUUCAAUGUGAGGACUGCCGACAAGCCACGAUGAGGCAAAGCCCGAUCUCAUCUAUCGAUGUCUCAUCUGAGAGCGACGACGACGAGAUAGCCAACAGUCCAGGAAAGGCACCGCAGCAUGGCCAAAUUGACCAGUACUCAACCGAUUUCGAGGGCAGCGCAUCGGUGUCCGCCUCGCAGGCCCCAGACGUUCUCAUCACUUCCACCGAAGACGAGUUUGAUGAAGAGGAUGAGGAGCUGUCACUCGAUGGUUCUGAGACCGAGGAGGAGCAUGGGAGUGGGGUGGUUGCGGGUACGGUGCGCUCAUCCGACGAGGAUGAUGAGAUAUCGCUGGGUGAAGUGGUGGACGGACAAGUUGAGAAGGCGGCGGUUGACGGACGGAAACACCCACUUGUGGUUCCGGACGUCUCAGAGAAGAGUCUAUAUAUGCCUGAACGAAACACCGGCGUGCGCGCUAGUAUUGGACCUGAGGUGCUUGCAGUUUCAUCGGAGCCAGUGCUUAUCUUCCCUGGUUCAUGGCGGGACAGCCAUGCGGAUGCAUAUUCGCUUGAAGCAAAUAAAGUAUCAGCGGUACCUGCUCCAGCCGGGUCAAAAGAAAAGCCUGAUGUGGUACCCGGCAUAGACGAUUCACUAUCUGAGGACGACAUCUCCCACAUGUUAACUGAACAGUCGUCAAUAAUAGAAGAGUCAAUGGAAGAGUCGAGAGGAGGCCAAAGCGACGUCGAUGAAGAAGGCUCGGUUCCGAAUGUGUUGCUACCGCGGACUACCGUCGCAAAAAGUUCGGAUUCCGAAACCUCACUGAUCUCAGAAUCAGAGUCCGGACGGAGCCGAAGCGAUGAUGGCGCAGAGGCCCCGAGCCUCAGGGUAUCCCUACCUCGAACAAUCGUCGCAGAAGGGUCAGAUAUCGAAUCAUCUCAAUCGUCAGCACAUGAUUCGAGAGGAGGCCAAAGUAAAAGCUACGCUGAGGUAGAAGCUUCAAGUCCGACAGCAUCACCACCUCAGACGACCGUCGCUGAGGAUUCAGAUCUCGAACCAUCUGAGACCUCAGGGGAAGAUUCGGAAGGAGCUCAAAACGAAUUUAAUGGCGCUUCGAGUCCGAGUGCAUCACCGUCUCGAACAUCUGCCGCAGAACAGUGUGGACCAGACCCAACACAACGAUCAACGCAGAAUCCUAAAGGAGGCCAUAGCGACGUCAACGUCAAUGCCUCACAACCCUCCCUACCAAAUGCAUCACCCCCUCGGACACCCAUCGCCGCCGAGUCCCAGAUCAGAGACUCCCAAACAUCAGAGCAUGCAUCCCCUCCGUCACCAUACAGCGAAGACUUCACAAGCAUCUCCCUAACCCAAGAUGAAAAAAAUGCCGAAGAUGCAUAUUCCGUCGAUUUCGAAAGUGAUAAUCCUCUCUCAGAGUCAAUGCUGGACGGGGAAAUGACGCCGAAACAAGCACAACCUCAACCGGAUCCCAGCCCCGGCGAAGACCAUGGCGAUCCUUCGUCUGGAAGCCGGAUGCCGGGGAAGAGUCCAUCGGCUGGCGUUGAAGCAGAGGGGAUCAAUCCGCUGCUGGUUCCGAGUAGGGACGCGCAAUCGGACUCGGAGGCGAAGUCUUCAGAGGACGAGGUCUCACUCUCCGACGUCGAUGACGAAAGCGGAUGCGAAUCCGCCAGCGGCGAAGACGUGGAAGCGUUCAUGAGGGAGAUUGGCGGGGUGCGGGGUGAGGAUCUCGUUGAUGUGGGCGAAUUGGAGGAGGAAGAGAGCGCGGACGUGGAGUGGGAUGCUGAUGAUGGUCAUGUGGCUGGGCUGGCAAUGGCUGAAGCUGAGGGAGGUCGUGAGACGGAAGUCUUGCAGCAGCCUGAUACACGGAAGCUAGCAGUGGCGGACCACCCUUCUGACACAAUGCAGCAGAAUGCAUCGGAUGCUGUUUCGCAACAGCAUCCAGCCGAAGCGAAUUCACUCCCAAAUCCCACUCAUGCACAUCACCAUAAACCCGCCGAAGUCCCGUGCGCCAGAACCACCCCCUCAACCACCGACACCUCCGAACUACUCCCGCCGCCUAACACCACACACGACCUCCGCUCCCCACCCGACACCUCCUCCUCCUCCUCCGCUCCCCCCAAUGUAAUCGUACCGGUCUUGCGAAUUCGACCCGAGGGAGCACAUAAGCCGCCGCAGGAACCCAAAAGCCCUCCGAUUGAGUUGUUACUCUCGGCGAAUGAGGCGGUUUCGAGAGUUACGGUCGACUCGUCUGCGUCGUAUUACUUGAUGACGCCAAGUGAUGGAGUGUCGGAGUUGGGCAAUGAGCACAGCGAGGAUGAGGAAAAUGUCGUUAGGAUUGAGAUGCCUAGCGAAGAAACAUCGGACUACGUCCUCGACGACCCUAGCGACGCUACGGAUUCGAUUGAUGUCGAGAUCCAAACCUCCCAAUCCCUCAGGUCAGCCCUCUUCGCCCGUCUCCGCCAGAAAGUCCUCCACAACACCCACCCUCCACCCACAUCCGCCCCCACCAAGCGAUCAACACACACCCCGGCACUGGCCACCCUCUGCACACGCGUGGACGCCCACACGCGAGCGGCUGCCGCCAGGGACCCGGUAGUGCGGCCUGUGCCGUCGAAGUGGGUGCAGCGGGUCAGGUGGAAGACCCUGAUGAAGUCGAUGGAGGAGCCGAUGGAGUCGGGUGAGGAGGGUGAUAUAUUCUUGGUGUACCCUUAUAGAGCAUAUACCGGACCACGCAGUUACGAUACCAUCCCGCGUACCCGAGCCCGCGAUGCUUUCAAGCAAGAGAUGCUCGACCGAACUCCCAAUCUCUCCCAUCACAGCACAUCGGCAUAUACCGUGAGAUACAUGCCAGCAUACACGUCUACGCAUACACCGUCAUACACCGCGAACCCGCGAUUGCAAGCGCUCUUUUCCAAAAGAACGAUUGAUAUAUGCGAGGCGAUGGCGGAGAUCGAGGCCGGGGCGCCCGCGCUGGAUCUGGACGCUUACAGGGCGGCUAUCGCGUCGUCGUGAUGUGUGUGUUCGGCUCAGGGUUCGGUUUGCUUUCGGCGCGUUUAGGGAGUGUUACGCGUGAAAGAUGGGCUCUCUUGCAUGCCACGCUGGACACGAACUUCCUUUCCAUUCUCCGCUCAUAUAGCCGUAUCGCCGGAUUUUUCGUCAUUCCACGCGCUGCAUCCUAUCA